AUGAUUAUCUGCAAGGGCCUCAGCUACAUUCUACUUCUUUCAAGAUUAGUAACGGCUUCUCACUCUCCUCGAUAUCAUGCCCACCAUGCACGAAGCGAUGUCGACUACGACUAUGUGAUUGUGGGAUCUGGAGCUGGAGGCUCUCCUCUAGCUUGUCGACUCGCCAUCGCUGGAUACAAAGUCCUUCUCCUCGAUGCUGGAACUGAUGAGGGCAAUUCUACUCAGCAGAUGGUCCCAGCGUUGCAACUCCAGUCCGCUGAAUAUGAACCCCAGAAAUGGGACUAUUUUGUUCACCACUACACCAACCUAACCCGUCAAAUGGAGGAUUCGAAAAUGGUGUAUAAUACGACCUCCGGAGACCUCUACGUGGGUCUCGAGCCACCGACUGAUGCAACGCCUUUGGGAAUUCUCUACCCACGUGCUGGGACUCUUGGUGGCUGUACAACCCACAAUGCAAUGAUCACAGUUACUGCCGAGGAUGCCGAUUGGCAGUAUAUAGCAGAUAUCACAGGGGACAGCUCAUGGGAACCGGCAAAAAUGUUGACUUACUUUGAACGGCUGGAGGCUAACCGGUACCUGCCUUCAUCAAUUGUUGGUCAUGGAUAUGAUGGAUGGCUCAUGACUACCUUGACUUCGCUCAGUUUAGUGGUGGAAGACCAGAAGUUAUUAUCUUUAAUUGUGUCAGCGGCCACCGCUGCUGGAAAGAGUCUUCUGGGGAUAAUCAUUGACACUGUGGUUGGCCUCGCUGGUGUCCUGCUACAAGACUUGAAUGCGCCGGAUCGUAGCUCUGGUGUUGGCCCUUACCAAGUGCCUAUUGCUGUGAAACUGCCAGAUUCUUCGCGUACUGGGCCACGAGAUUUCCUAAUGAGUACGAUUUCUGCUACAAACUCAGAUGGAUCGCGAAAGUACCACCUCGAUAUCCAGUUGGAGACUCUUGUUACCAAGGUUGUAUUUGAUCAGGGGGGCUCAACUCCUCGCGCUGUGGGAGUGGAAUAUCUUCAGGGCCAAAGUCUUUACCGUGCUGACUUGCGUUCUAAUCGCGCAGGACCUGGUAUUCCUGGAGCAGUUAAUGCUUCUCGCGAAGUUAUUCUAUCAGCAGGAACCUUUAACACUCCUCAAUUGCUCAAGCUGAGUGGUAUUGGUCCCAGUGAAGAACUAAACCAGUGGGACAUUCCUGUUGUUGUGGACCUGCCAGGUGUUGGUACCAAUCUUCAGGACCGCUAUGAGAAUACCAUUAUUGGCGAGGCCUCGACUGAUUUUUAUAUCACUGCACAAUGCACUUUCCUUCGCACAUCUCCAGACCCUUGUCUUGAGCAGUGGAAAAAUAACAAAUUAAAUCCGGGAACAUAUGCUACUAACGGCCUUGCCGUCGCGAUUCUGCGUAACACUAGCACGUCCGAUGCCUCGUAUCCCGAUGUUUUUGUUGUUGGUGCGCCAGCCAACUUCAUGGGUUACUAUCCCGGAUUUUCCAACGACUCGUUGGCCGAUGCAAAACAUUGGGCAUGGAUUGUGCUCAAAUCGCACGUGCGUAAUAAUCUAGGCUCGGUCACAUUGCGCUCGACUGACCCUCGCGACACACCCGUCAUCAAUUUCCGCUACUUUGACGAGGGUGUCACUGAAGGUGGUGCUGAUGAGCUUGACCUGCAGGCACAAUACGAGGGUAUGGAGUGGUCACGCCAAGCUUUCGCAGAUUUAAUCCCUCUUGAUGGCUCUUUCACCGAGACCUGGCCUGGUCCGAAUGUCACCACUGAGGCAGAGAUGAAGGACUUCAUUAAACGUGAAGCCUGGGGUCAUCAUGCAUCAUGCAGUUGCCCUAUUGGAAACGACACGGAUCCUAACGCUGUUCUUGAUUCUGAAUUUCGAGUGCGCGGUGUUGAUAACCUGCGGGUUGUUGAUGCUUCAGUCUAUCCCAAGAUUCCUGGAUACUACAUCGUUCUACCCACAUACAUGAUCAGUGAAAAGGCCUCUGACGUGAUCAUUGCUGCUGCACAGAGCAAUGCGACCAGUUCUUAA